CGUUCCUCCAGCUCCUGAAGCUCAACGGUCGGCUCUUUCCGCCCUUAUGCCCACCGUCCCAUCCGUAUCUCCAGCGACAGGUCAACCGACAACACCGUCGUUUAUCCAUACGAUAGACUGCAAUUUUGUCGAUAAUGCUGGGCGCACAUUACUACUUCGUGGGAUCAACCUCUCAGGUUCCUCGAAGGCGCCUGUAGGUAGCCCUUCUUACAGCGGAGAAGGUUUUUGGGACACUGCGGAAGCAGGCGGAAUGUCUUUCGUGGGUCGGCCUCUCAAUCUGGACGAUGGUUCGGCGGACGUGCACUUGGCCCGACUCCAAGGCUGGGGAUUCAAUCUUCUGCGGUUCCCUGUCACAUGGGAGGCAUUAGAGCAUGAAGGCCCUGGCAAGUAUGACUUUGAAUUCAUGGACUACACGGUGCGCGUCCUCCGGAAAUGCAAAGAGUACGGGUUCCGCGUGUACAUGGAUCCUCACCAGGACACCUGGUCCCGCUUCUCUGGGGGCUCUGGUGCCCCAUUCUGGACGCUCGCUGCAUGUGGCAUAAACCCUCGCAAUAUCACCGCUACCCAGGCUGCCAUUAUACAUUGUGAAUAUCCUCAAGCUCUCGCUCCUGAUCCCGCAUCUCUACCAGCCAUGAUCUGGUCCACCAACUAUGGUCGUCUCCUCUCCCAAACACUGUUUACGCUUUUCUUCGCUGGUCGUGACUUUGCUCCCAAAUGCAUCAUCGACGGACAAAACAUCCAGGAUUAUCUCCAGUCACACUACAUCGCCGCAAUGGGUCUGUUAGCAGAUCGAAUAGCGCUCGCCGGUGACCUUGUUGAGGAUUGUGUGAUUGGAUGGGACAGCAUGAACGAGCCUGCCGAAGGCCUUUGUGGGUGGAAGGAUCUGAAUUUGAAUCCGCCUGCGCAAGGCUCCACACUGAAGAAAGGAUCGUACCCGACGCCUAUCCAAAGCUUCAGACUCGGAAUGGGCCAAGCACAGACAACCGAACACUGGAUUUUUGGGACAUUCGGCCCGUCGCGUGACGGCAAUGUAACUAUCGAUCCCAAAGGCCGGAGCGUUUGGGCAGAUCCAGGCGACGAGCCCGAUGGACGGCAUCCCAUAUGGGGCUGGAGACGUAGUCCAAGUUGGCCACUGGGCAUCUGCAUCUGGGCAUUGCAUGGUGUAUGGGACGUGGAGACUGGCUUUCUGAUGCUUCCGCAAUACUUUUUAUCUCUUCCCGGUGAGGACUCUCCUGUCGAGUUUCUCGAAGACUACUGGAAACCGCAUUUCCUCAAAUUUGGGGAGCGAAUUCGCAACUCGCAGCCGGAGGCUAUUUUGUUCGUGCAACCUCCGGUCUUCGCCCAGCCGCCUUCCGUCGAUGCCAGUCUUCUGAAAGGCCGUUGUGCUUAUGCACCACAUUACUAUGAUGGACUGACGCUGAUCACGCGACACUGGAAUUGGUUCAAUGCUGACGCACUCGGCCUUUUGCGGGGGAAGUACAGCUCAACGCUCCAGGCAGUCAAGAUCGGCUCGGCUGCCAUCAGAAACUCGUUGCGUGAGCAGCUUGGCAUCCUCAAGGCAGACUCGCAGCUUGUUGGCCCGUAUCCGACUGUUUUAGGCGAGAUCGGAACCCCGAUGGAUAUGGACGGGAAACGGGCUUAUUACGGAGACAGCAAGGGAAGGGGCAUUGGCGACUACUCUCAGCAAGAGAAGGCUCUCGAUGCGAGUCUGAACGGCGCCGACGGGGUCAACAGCUUGAACUGGACAAUGUGGUCGUACUGUCCCGAUUCGGUCCAUGAAUGGGGCGAUGGUUGGAACAUGGAGGAUCUCAGUGUCUGGUCAUUUGAUGAUCUUCCGGACUCGGUGAAGCGUGCCAACAGCGUGUAUGGGAUGGGUGCCGGCAGUGCUGCCACCCUUGGUGGAGGGUACGGAAGCGAAGCUCCUUUGAUCAUGCGCAAGAAGACCGGCUCAGCCACAGAAACUGUGCGCACUGCGGCAACCUCAUCCGUUUCCCUGACUUCGAUGCACGCCACGAAACUCGUCGGCGGGCCGGAGGGUGCCGGUUGGCGGCCUGGCGUGUCCUCGUACGAGUUUCUAACAGCUGGAGCUCGGGCAGUGCGUGCUUUCUGCCGUCCUCGGCCUGUCAAAGUCGUCGGUGUAAUCAAGGACAUGUCAUUCGAUAUCGCAAGCUCCGAGCUCAAAGUGGUCGUGAGUGUUGGGUCAAACGACACCUUGCCGGAUGACGAGCUGGCCACGGAAAUCUUCGUCCCCCUUGUCCACUACCCGCAUCCUGCACUGCUUGACCCCAGUGCAUUUACAGACAGCGUCGACAGUGCGAGUAUCGCAGAGCCAACCCAGUCCCUUGCUCACGAGCGUUCGACCAGCGAGAAGACGGACGCAGGUAUGAGCCCAGAGGAAAUGGAGCGAGUCCCAGUCCUCCCAUCGGAAACGAUGACAGCCAGCACCAGCAGUGCAGGCACUGUCAUAUUCAGCGCCAAGGACAUGACCAUCAAAGAGGCUGCUGGUCGGCCAUUGGUUGACCUGGACGUUUCCGUCAGUGGGGGUCGUUGGGCUGUGAAAGAUCAGAUACUGCGCUGGUGGUACCCUGUUCCUUCCGAUGGCCAAGCAGAUGAGACAUACACGAUCACCAUCCGGCGUCGUGGGGGAGCUGUCAACGUUGCUUCAGAGCUGGGAUGGGCAGAUACUCUGUGCCCUGAGGGAGGGCCAGGCUGCGUGAUCAUGUAACAGCUCAAGACUCGGACACGAUUAAUUUAUGAUAUCACGACCCAUGUCCUUCACGUUUCUCAUUUGUAUCCACUACCAUAAAUCUCCUUUUGAAAGCACGCCUGCAUUUCCAUUGAACACAAACAUAACACAACGCGGAUGGUUGUGACCGUGUCACUUACUUUUCGCCAUCAUGGCAGGCGCGUCGCGGACAGAACUACUGCAAUGGCUCAAUGAGCUACUCCAGCUCAAUUAUACGAAAGUCGAACAAUGUGGCGCCGGCGGAGCGUACCUCCAGGUUCUUGACAGCAUCUACCUCGAUGUCCCCAUGGCUCGAGUGAAGAUGAACGCGAAGCAUGAAUAUGAAUACCUCGCCAAUUUCAAGAUUAUGCAGAAUGUCUUCAAGUCGCACAAGAUCGACAAACCGAUCCCUGUAGAGCGCCUGGUCAAGUGUAAGAUGCAGGACAACCUCGAGUUCCUGCAAUGGCUCAAGCGAUUUUGGGAGGCCAACUAUGCUGGUGGAGAAUACGAUGCUGUGGGACGACGCAAGGGUGUGGCAGCAGAUCCACCAGCCACGCUUGCACCCGCGAGGACUGGUGGAUCGGGCGGGCUCGCGGCAUCUCACGCUCCGGCACGGGCGGGCGGCCGCACACCCGUCAGCGGCCACAGGUCCGGUACACCGAGCGAUGCGGCUGUUGCUGCUCUCAACACACAAGUCCGGGAACUUACGCAACAUCUCGAGGGAUUAGAGAAGGAGCGUGAUUUCUACUUUGAGAAGCUCCGCGAAAUCGAGAUCCUUGUACAACAAAAGAUGGAGGCUGACGAGGCUGCUGGCAUACCCGAGGACCCAACGUCGCGUGAGAUUCAAAAGAUCUUGUACAGUACCGAGGACGGAUUCGAGGUUCCGGAUCAGGAAGCAGUUCCUGAAGAAGAGGAAACGUUCUAGUCCCAGGCCUAACACUGCGUUCGAGGCAAGUUCUCGCCCUUCUCCAAACAUCGAUAUUUCUCACCGUUCUCAAGUAUUCCGUUCUCGAGUAACUACGACGUACCUGCUCACAUUGUUCUUGCCUACACAUUGCAUUCAUGGUCGACAAUUCUUUUCGA